AUGAAAGCAGGUGCAUCUCCAAGAAAAGCAAAAUUUAUGACGGCUGCAUCACGAAAUACACACAAACCUCUUCUCCCAGCCCAGAGCUCCAGUAGGGCUGGGAUCAAAGUGCCAAAUGUACCGCGGACAGAAAAGAAAUCAACAACCUCAGCGUCUAGCGGAACCCAUGUGCCUCUUUUGCCUGCAGUGUCUUCAAGGACUGCUGAUGUUGGAAAGGCAUCAAAGGCUACUAGUCAUAAUGUACAAAAACUUCCAGUAUCAAAACCUGUUAAGAUCUACACUAGGAUCAGUGACAAUGUUGCAGCUCAGAAUAAUUUAGAAAGACCUGGGAAUGCAACCACAUCAACUGUUGGAACAGAAGACAUUGUAGAGGGAGCAGUGAAAAAAACCAAGGCCAAUUGUCUGCUUGUUAACCCUAGACAGAGAGGAAAUCCAAUUUUAAAAUUUGUCAGAAAUGUGCCCUGGGAGUUUGAUGGUGAUCUCAUAGCUGAUUACAAGAUGGGCCAGACCACCUGUGCCUUGUACUUAAGUUUGAAAUACCAUAAUUUGAAUCCAGAUUACAUUCAUGAGAGGUUAAAACAGCUUGGGAAACAGUAUGAGCUGAGAGUUCUAUUGACCCAGGUUGAUGUGAAAGAUCCUCAUCAUUCAUUGAAAGAACUUGCAAAGAUCUGUUUGAUGGCUAAUUGCACUCUCCUUCUGGCCUUCAGCCCAGAGGAAGCUGGUAGAUAUCUAGAGACAUACAAAGCAUAUGAAGUAAAACCUCCAGAUGCAAUAAUGGAAAAGACAGAGGGGGAUUACAUGUCCAGGCUUACUGAUUGUUUGACAACAGUGAAGUCUGUCAAUAAGACAGAUGCAAUGACACUGAUUUCCAAUUUUGGGUCUAUUGAAAAUAUCAUCAACACAUCAGAAGAAGAGCUGUCUUUUUGCCCGGGAUUAGGGCCACAGAAGGCACAGAGAUUGCAUGCACUUUUUCAUGAACCAUUUUUGAAGAGCAAGAAAAGAAAACUCACCCAGGACAAAAGUGACCCCAACGUGUGAUCUUGAAUACUAUAUCACAGAAAAGCUAUAUGGUGCCAGGAGGAAGAAGAUAUUGUAAAUUGCAUGUUUCUUUUAUGCAUCACUUUCAUGCCAUAUGCACAUCAAACAGUUUAUUUAUAUCCGAUACCAAAAUGUUCUUAUAGUAGUAAUACAAUGAAGGUUUCUUUGCAAGUGCAUACCUUUUGAAAUGUUGAAGAUUUUCAUGACUGACUAUUAAAAUGCAACAUGUAGUUAGAUGAGUUGAUGAUUAUAGGAUAAUUUGUGAGUAGUUGAAGUUGAAAGUGCUAUCUCUUGCCAAUUAUUAUUAUUCUUAUUAUUAUUAUUAUUAUUAUUAUUAUUAUAUGUUACAAACAAGCUAAGUACAUGAAUAUUGUGAAAUGUAAUGAGUCUUUUUACCUCUUAUGCCUCUGUGAGAGAAAGGUUACUUUAAUGAGAAAAUUCUGAUUGGUUAGUUUCUGGUGGAGUAGUUUGAUAAGACCAACUCCUUGUGAUUGCUAUGUUGUAAUGAUAAUAUGUGGACAGUUGACCAAUAAGGGAGGUGACAAAAACAAAAAUUGUGUGCAGUAAAAAUGGAUAAAAUAAGAAAAAAGACCUCUACUCUACUCUGUCAGUUACUUAAGCCUACCUUAGGAGACAACAAAACCUCAAAUUUGAAUCAAUGCUUUGAUGUUUAAGAAAGGUUUGGGUUGUGCCUACUUUCGGUGACACUUUUAUUUCCAAUAAGCAUUGCAAAUGCUGCACACUGGUGCUGGGCUAUCUGGCACCCUUGGAGCCUUUUAUGAUGCUCUGUAUACAAAGUUGCAUCAAAGUCAUCAUGAAUUUCACUAUUUGCAAUGUAGAUGUUUCCUGAACCACAUAAGUUGGCAACUGUGGUACCAUCCCAUUCAACUCCUGUUGGUACCUUGUUUCUGUUUCUGUUUUGAUGACCUGUUUCUGUCAGCUUUGACAUAGAAAUACCUGAAAUUCAUUCAAAUAUAUGAGAAUCUAAAAAUAUAAAAUGCAAUGCAGGGAAGAUGAAUAGGAAGCCUUUAG